AUGGCUCCACGAAAGCGAAAAGUGGUGCUCGCAGCAACUAAUUCACCGGAAAAAGUGAAAUACUCCACCGCCGUUAUUCAAACAUUGCUUAACGCCCAGCAAAACGAAGUUACGCAUGCGAAGCUGAUCAAGCAGCUCAAACAGCUCUAUGCCACCGUUGUGCACGAUUCGUUCAUGAAAUCGUUCAUCCAGGUGGUAAAGCGACAGAUGGAACACGAAGAAAUCAACAGUUAUGCGAACAACAUACUUAAAUUCUGUGCCAAGUUUGUGGCCGAUCCCGAGUACAGUGAACAAACGGUAACGCACCCGGUCAUGUCAACGUUCUUCAACUGGUUGCUCGGAACGAUCAGCAGCGCGCAGUUGGUGCGCUUCCGUAUUUGCCAGCUAGUCAACCUGUUCCUCAACGCUUUGGGUCCUGACGCGGCGCUUGACGAUGCUAUUUGUGACAAAAUUCUGCGCUAUAUGCUUGAACGGAUGCGCGAUGUCUCGCAGCAUGUGCGCGUGCAGGCCGUGCUGGCUCUGCAGCGAUUGCAAGACCCCAACUCACCGGAGGACUCCGUCGUACGUGCAUAUCUGUAUCACCUCGAUAAAGAUCCUUCGCCAAAGGUGCGGCAAACGAUCAUCUCUUCGCUGGGGCGCAACUACCGUUCGAUUCCGCACAUCCUCGACCGGCUGUGGGAUGUGGAUCAGCGCGUGCGCCGGCAUACCUACAUGCAGAUGAGCAGCUUCCCGGUGCGGCAAUACAAGGUCGCACAACGCUUGAAAUUUUUGGAGCAAGGUCUCAUCGAUCAUUCAGACGGAGUGCGAAAAGUGGUGCGCAACGUAAUGAUUCCGCAAUGGAUCGAAUCGUACCAGUGCGAUUAUAUCGCCUUCAUCGAGGCACUCAAGCUGGACGCUGAUGAAAAGGAGAUGGAGCGCUUCCGAAAAACAUCCAAAAUGGUCCUGAUGGAGAUAUUCAGUAAAAAAUCCAGCAUCAAAGAAAUGGCCGGUCUGUUGCAAUUCAGCGAAGAAAACAAGACCGUCCCAUUGGCGGAAUUGACAAUCGAGCGUGCAAUCUGCUGGCAGGCGAUGCUGGAGUAUCUCAAGUCGACCGACUCCGACGAUCUGGAAGAGUACAUGGUAGAGCUGAGCAAGUUUUGCGAAUACAUCGAGGCAUUGUUCAAUAACCCGACGGAGGCGGCAUUCAUGAAAGGCGCAAACAACACAACCGUCUCCAGUAAUCAGCCGGUAUCUCCGAACCGGUCCGAAACCAUGGAUAAGCUGCAGCAGUUGUACUUCCAGAACAUCGUACACAUCCUGCUCGAGAUCGUGUCCAUCUAUGACUUUGGGGACGAAUUUGGACGAGAAAGCCUAAAGAAGGUCCUGUCGGAGGUGCUAUGCAACGAGACGCUGUUCGAGAUGAACGUGCGAAUUAUAGUGGAAACCUACGAGCGCCUCAUCACAGACGUGGAGAUGCGGCUGAGCUUCUUUGUCGACCUGGUCAGCACCAUACUCGAACCAGCGCGGCAGGACUUUUCCAACAGUUCCCGCCUGCUCGUCGACACCUUCCUCGAGCGGCAUCCCGAGCUGAAACCCCUCAAGCUGCAAAUCUCAGCGCUACGGGUAAAAAUACUGGAACUGCAGGAGCAGGAGAGCAGCUUAUCCGCCCAAAAAGAUUACGCUGGGGCGCAGCUUGCCAACGAGGCGCUGAACACCUGCAACGAGGAGUACGCCAACCUGGUGAAACCCCUGCUACAAGACUUGUCGGCGUCAAAUAGCAACGAAACCAGUUCAUCGACAACGUUUCGAGAAACGAUGCUAAAGACGCGCCGUGUGACGCAAGCCUCGAUUGAGAAGUGUCUCCAGGUGUGUUUCUACUUCGUCAACAGCCCAACGGUGCGAGUGAUCACCCCGACCGUGUGCGAUCUGUACCGUACGUUUAUCAGCCGGCACGUACAAUCGGGCCAGCUGCACACGCGUAACUGGGCAUUGCGUGCCUCGACAGCCUUCAGCAUGCUGUACGACGGGUUGAGCAAGGAAACGUUCCAGCUGCUGUACCAGCAGUUCCUCAACACGGCCUCGACGCGCCUGUGGAAAACGGCGAUCGAGUGUGUAUUCGAGCUGCUCGAUCGGUACGGGUUCGAGCACUUCGAUCUGGAAAACGAAGAAACGAACAAGGACGAUUCAUCACGCACGACCAAAAGCUCUCGGCAGCUGUUCAACCGGCACGACAGCAGCUACUCGGACGAGCUGUCGCAGUCAACCUGCAACGGGAACGAGUUCUACAAAAUGUCCAUCCACUUCAUGGACACGUGCGAUGACGACUCCAUCUGCUCGACCAUUGUCGAGGGUUUCUGUCGCUUGAUUCUACGCGGCAAGUGCACCUCGUCGGACAUCAUGUCGAAGUUGCUUUUGCGCUUCUUCAAUCCCACUACCGACCCAGAGCUGCAGCAGAUACUGGGCAUCUUCUUUCAGCGGCUGAUCAAAAAGCGGCGCCAGGAGAUCAUGCAAAAGGCGCUACUGAGCACGUUGUUCACCGUGCUGGAAGCCCCGAAUGAGAGCCCGCUGGCCGAAAUUCGCCCGGAAACGGUGAUCAAGUUCGUGGUCGACUCCACGCAGCCCGUCUUCUGCAGCCCGGGAGUUAAUCCGCACAACACGAUAGCACUAACGUUUCUGCGCGUGAUGCGCGAUAACGUGAGCCUGAAAGAUCUGCUCAAGCUGUUGAGUUGUGAGCUGGUCACGCUCGACAUCAAGGAUGAUCCGGUGUUGCGCUCGGACCUGGCGUGUAAAGCCGACGAGAUCCUUAAGGAGCCGGGUCUCGAUCCCAGGGCAGUUAAAAAAUUAACCACAUUCCGCGAGAUGAUGCUCGGUAAGAUCCGCGACACGCUAACGUUCUCCUCGUCGCGAUCGCCGGCGGACACGGUGGACCCGACGAUGGAGGAACAAGCGAUGCCCAAGGAUCCCUCAGUCGAGGAUGAGCUGAACGCCGAAGCGCUGAACGAGGAAGAGGAAACCGAGCAGGACGAAAACGACGAAGAAGAGGAGGAAAAUCGUGCUGACGAUCGGCCACAGAUCAACAAGUCGAUCCUGCAGGAGGAUUCCGAAACGGAGCUUAUGGCAUCCCCACUAAAGCGACCGGAUGAAAUGAGCACUCCCGAAAAAAGCAAUUCGCAUGUGGAUUCGCUUUCCGAAUCGGGCGUGAAAUCCAUUCGUCGUUCCAUGCUAUUUGGAGAAACGAAAUCUCCUUCCACGAGCGCGGUGCGUACAGCCGAUUCGGAUGGGCCAUUCAAAGUGCCCGACGCUACUGCGAUCCGGCGAAUACAACACGCCUCAGCAACACGCGCCAAAGAGGUACGUUCCGCCUCUAGGCCUAUCGUUAACAAAUCAGCCGAUACGGACACCACAUAUAAGCCGAAAGAUGUUGAAAAAUCUGCGCCCAGCUCGGAACAACAUGUAUCCUCUGGCUCUUCGGGCUCGGAUGAUGAGCUGGAGGUUUCGGAAACUCAAGCCACACGGGUGAGCUCGACACGACGAAAAUCGUCCACCGCUCGAUCCUCGACUCGGUCAAGCCGCAAAGUAAACGUCUCCCCAUCGUCUUCAUCGUCCGACGACGAGGUCGUCGAAGGAUCACCGAAUGUUUCGGUAAGUGGUCUCAUGAUCUUCACCUCCAUUGCAUUGGUACUGAAAUGCCUUCUUUCUCCCCCACCUCCACAGCAAAUCAGCCGUAUCAAUCGUUCCCCACGACAACCGGUGAUGGCGAACAAAACGUUGGGUCAAAUCUUCGGAACCUUGCCCCGCGUAACGCGACAUGCAACCCGUUUGCACGCGGUUAACAGCAAGGUGAUGACGCGCAAGUCCAUGCUGGAAGUGAGCGUGGGUGCUGGUGAUGGUGCGCGGUCUCCCCAGCAGCGCCAAUCAACACAAUCACCGGCUAAGGCUAAAGAGCCAACGAGUAGAACGAGUCGCAGAAAGACCGGUGACAUUGACGCAGAAAAACCGGCGACCCAGGCGAAAAAUGUUCCCAGUUCCGAUAAAACGGUGGCUCGUGUCUCACGAUCGGCGUCCCGAAAAAGUAGUUCUCCGGCGCGGACACAACCGCCAAAAACCACUCCCACCAGGAUAGAGCAUUCGCCAAAAACUCCCACCAGGACGUCGGCACGCAUGGCAACGACGAAUGUCGGCAACGCGCUCAGCUCAUCACCCGCCAGUAAAAGAAAGCAUACGCAACUAACGUCACCACGGGAACCGUCCACGCGACAAUCGGCGGACACGGAAAGUGGCACGUCCACCUCGAGUCCGAUCCGAUUGAAGCGCGCUGCCGUCGUACUCACGCCGCUAAGUGCGGUGGUACGGCGCAUGCGCAUCGCAAACGGUUCCGAUAGUCCCGUGCGGGCCACUUCGCCACGCCAACCGAAUCGCAAGGCUACGAAAAAAUAACACGGAAUCUUUCACGGGAUAGGCUAGGUUGGGGAACUAAUAUAAUGAAUAUGGGAUAGACUAAUUGAUAGGAUUAA